AUGACGGCCAGGAGAAUGCGGAAAAGGCUCGGCAGCGCAGAAGCCGCGGCAAGAGGCGCGCUAGUUGCAGGAUGAAGAUCCUAUCAAGAGCUUAAGCCUCUCUUUCUAUGCAAACGGCAAUGCGAACGCUUUCCCUGCAAAGACUUUUUUGCUUCUGUGGUGCAACGGCGUGUACAGAUUUGGUUUCCUCCCCAGCGAGCGCCCGGCUGCUGCUGACAGUCUGUUUUGCUUUCGCUACUCGUCGGGUGGAGAACCGCUCUUUGGGAUCCGCUUGGUGCGUUUUAAACGCGUAAGGUAGGGCCGGGAAAAGUGAGGAGUCCCUGCCUCCCACGUGGCUGCUGUCCCCUCCCAAGAAUUGAGGAAACGGCGACGUGCGCUGCCUUGAGUUUACUUGGCUGUUCCAAACCAUGGGCCAUCACGACCAUAUGUUCAAAGUGCUGAUUAUUGGGGAUGCCACAGUUGGGAAGACGUCACUGGUCCAGCGGUAUGCCAACGAUAGUUUCAACAAACACUACAAGUCGACGGUGGGAGUGGAUUUUGCUCUGAAGGUGGUACAGUGGUCAGAGUCUGAGACAGUGAGGCUGCAGCUGUGGGAUAUUGCAGGUCAGGAACGUUUCACGUCUAUGACUCGGCUGUAUUACAAAGAGGCAUCGGCCUGUGUGAUCAUGUUUGAUGUCACCAGUAUUGGCACGUUCACCAGCUGCCAGAAAUGGAAGUAUGAUUUGGACAGCAAACUGAAGCUGCCGGAUGGAAGCCCCGUUCCUUGUCUGCUGCUGGCUAAUAAAUGUGACCUUUAUCCAUGGGCUGUGACCAGAGAAGAAAUUGAUCGGUUCAGUAAGGAGAAUGGCUUUACCGGAUGGGUUGAAACCUCUGUCAAGGAAAACAAGAAUGUAAAUGAGUCAAUGAGAGUCCUUAUUGAGAAGAUGAUGAUGAUGUUGUUGACGUCGUCAGGUGACACGGACAUUACUCUUUCAGGCCGUGGAGACUACAUCAAUCUACAUCAAGCUGCCGCCGUGCCCAAUUGGGGGUGCUGCUAGUUGCACCUCCCUAGGCUUCUGCAUCUGAUCAGAGGUCGAGAGCGCCUUUGAAACUUAAUACUGUCUUUUCUUAAGAAGUAGUACUGAACUGCCUCAUGGCAUUGCUGUAAGCAGCAAUAGAAGACCAAGGCAUCCCAGCAAGGUUGAUGGAAGCCACAGUCUUGCCUGCUUAUGGGCCACUGGGGUACACUUCUGCCAUUCUAUAUUCCUCAUUGCAAGUUGGGCUAACUUGGAGGAGAUUGUUCUGCUCGCUGCUGUACUUGUGGGAAAGUCUCCACCACAGUUGAUUGAAGAUUACGCAGCAGGAAGAAUGGCCACAAGGAGCUCUGAAAGCAAAGCCCUGGGUAACCUGGCUGUGUCUAACCAGCGUACGUGCUAAAUCUUGCACUUUGAAGCAGACUGCCUUUAAUGUAUCCUCUGUGGAAACAUGCUGUGAUUCUUCCCCCCCCCCCUUGUGACACAGCUGCACAACUCUCUCUCACCACGGCCCUUCUUGAGGUGCCAUAUUUGCCAGGAUAAGCCUAUUGCUGCUUUUGUGUGUGUGUUUUCUGAGAAUGGCUGCAUUUAAGCUGAAGGAAAAAAACACAAGGGACUCUGGCCUUUUUUGUCCCUUCUUUUAUGUGGGAGAUACAAUUGUCAGGUCCUUUUCCUGUGACCAUUUCAUUAGUGAGCCCAGCAAUGAAUUGAGGUAAAAGCUGUAAACUGCUUUGCAUUGAUGCACCUUAUUAGAGCAGUAGCAAUGUUUUUAUGUUUUUAUAGCCCUUUCCCUGGUAGGAUCUCAUUUGCCUCUUUCAUAUUCUGAUAAAUUACUUCCUCUCAGAGGCUGUAAUAUGUGGCUGUAGAUAGCCAUCAUGCAAUGCUAUCUUGAAAGCACGUCGAUGGGUUUAGUGAACCGAGGGGGUAAACGCAGAAUAGGGAACACAGCAGGACAGAAGGCAAGAAUUAAAUCUCUCCUGUACCUUUUUGCUACCAGUCAUUUCCUGCCCUUUUAAUAUAGAGGGGAUAGACUUUGUUUUUGCAGAAAAUACAAAAUUGUAAUUUACCAGUUUUUAAAAAUUCAUAAUUCAGGAAGGUUAACUUUUCAAACUGGUGAGUUGUAUUAGGGUGCUUAAAUUUCUUAAUCUGUUUUUUAAAAAUUAAACAGCCGAGGAGAUGCAUGUGUAAUGGGUAAAAGAUUCCGUGGAUGAAUAAUGUGUCCAUAUUCAACCAAACUCUGAAAUUUCCUGGAUGAUUGGAAUAAGCAAAUCUAUUCAGGCCAAAAAAGAAAGAUCUAUUAAAGCCUUGCAGUGUUUGAAUCUUUGCCUGAUAACAUUACAGUUCUUUCAAACUGUCUGUCCGAAUACUGUAAUGGGCACAACUUCUGGAUAAGAUGUAAAAUAUAUAUUCAGACCAUUUUCUCAGUUAUGUAGACAAGACGGCACAUUAUUUAUCCAUUGGACUCAUUCUUGUUAUAGGGUAUUACAAGUUAUGUAUUUUGUAAAUAAAGAUUAUUAAACAGUUGCUGCUAAAAAAGAUAACAAGCAGUGGAUGGGGAACUGGAAUCUCUCUAGAUAUCGUUCAAGAUGGUAAUAACUUAAUUUUUAAUUUUUUUAAAUGAUAGUGAAGGACAUCGGCAAGUUUCUUUGCACUGUUUCUGAAAACUGCAGGUAGAAGUACUAACCACAGAGGAAAUUCAAGCUAAAUGCUUUUAAAGGGGAUACUCUAUAGACCACUAACAUGGUCUCUCCAGAAGAUUUGGACUACAAUUCCCAACAAAUGGAAUUGAUGGGACUUGUAGUCCAAAACAUCUGGACAGCACCAUGUUAUUGAAGAGGGAUCUAUAGAAAAACAAUGUUAGAUAACUUGGUUGUGUUUCAGUAUAUUCAAAUAUCUCAUUGAACUCUUUGAAAUGGAAGCACAACAAAACUAGCCUCAGAUUGCUACCGUGCGAUUGGAAGUGCAAAUUACAAAGAUUUGAGGUCUUUAAAACUUCUGCCUGCACUAAUUAAGUAAGUGGCAGGAGAAGAACCUAAGGGCUUUCUAGAAAUGGUUCCUUUUCCACAUGAUGGUGAAAGUCUAUAUGAUACAGUCAUACACCUGAACUACAUCACUAGCCCUUCCACUUUGUACCAUUUUUGAAAAGCAGUAUAUAAUGCAGAAUUUGACAGCUGCCUAGCAGAAAUUACUGCUGGGUUAUUGGCACACAGAUCCAUUGGACAUGAGCUGUUUCAAGCAACCAUCACUGACAGCUGUGAUCUAUAGGAGAAAGUUUUCAUAUAUCUCCCUUUGCCGAAUGUACUUGUGCACUGAUUUACAACUGCUGUUUGAUUGUCUAAGUUAAUAUAUCUGGAGAGAUCUAUGCAACAACGGUUGAUGUGCUAUGGUACUGGGAGGCAGUUGCAGUCAAUAAGCCUGCCCUCCAACCACGGUUGGACUCCAUCAGCCCCAGCUUUCAUGGCCAAUGGUCAAGGAUGAUGGGCAUAGAGCACUAGGUUGGGUGGAGUUGUAGGACCCCCCCCCAUCUGUGUGAACCCAUGUAUAGCAUUGCAUAGGUAGACACUUGAGAAUAUAUGCACAUUAUCUUUUCCACAUCCAGUUCUAUUUUUGUGCCUUUUGAAUAGCUGAUGAGAAAAUUUAAAAUCUCUCAAGCCACUAUCUCAUGGAGCUACUACUGUAUAUUCUUGACUUGCAAACAUAUAAAGGUAGCUAGGGAAACAGCUGACUUUCUAAAGGGCUGUCUUUAGAGGACCAACUGGAAUGCAAGGUAUAUGAUCAAAACACUAGAACUUUCACAUUUGAAAGAGUGCUUUGCAAAACAAGAAAUGUCUCAGCGUUUAAAUCCUGCAUGUGUUGGUCCUAAGUUCUGUGCAAAACUCUUUCUGCCAAGACAUAAUGGACAUGUUACCUCGCUUGAAGUGCUUAUUUUAUGUAAGCUUUUAAAAUAAAAACUGAGUGGUAUGUUUUGUUUUUUACAACUCAUGCUAUACUGAUUGCUUCUGAUCUAAAACUUUUAUGCCAAUUUUUUUUCUGGUUGGAAGUAAACUGAAAGCAAUUUGCUAGAGAGAGGCUCAAAUGGGAGCUGCUGUUUCCUUUUAGGGGAGGGGGGAUGCAUUUCUUCUCGGAGAUUCCUAAACCUCCACUUAGCAAAAAAAGCUGUCUUGCUAGCCUUAAGCAAGGUUGCUCACGAAACUGUUUUCGGGUUUGUAAAUUCAUUGUGCUUUAUUUAUGGCUCAGUCCCCUCCCUCUCUCCAUCAGAUUGCAGUUCUUUGAUUGCAAGCCGUGAGAUUCUAUAAAUGGUUGUCUUCAUCCAGAUGGUAUUCUAGGGCUACCUAUAGGCCAGAAGAAAUUCCUCUACCCCUCCCCGAAAUUAAAGUAUGAUGUACGAUUUCGUAUAAUUAAAUCCUUAUUCUGCUUUGUAGCAGUAUUGCCUAUGUGUAGUGCACAAUUCCUGCCACUUCCCCAGACAGUACAAAAUCACACUCAAUUAAGCAUGGGUACUGUAGAGACUAGAUGUGCUGAAUUAAGAUUCCGAUCCCCACUGGUUUGCACCAAGCAGUGCCUUAGUAAUACGGUUUGAUAUCUGGGGGCAUGUCCACAUGAGAGACUUAAUCCAUGUUUUGUUGGCUCACAUUUUUCCAGGACAUUUAUAUGACCUCAAACUGAUGUUCUCAGGCUGCUGAAAAGCCACCUUUGGGGUUGGUUUGUUUUUGAAAGCCCAGUGUCGGUGGGUUUAAGUCUUCUUCGUGUUACUUUUCCAUUUCUUUUUAAAAUGCAUGGUUUUGAAAUGUACAGAGUUGUAUCUGCUGAGUGAGCCUAUCGCCAUGCAUCUCAACCUCAGUGCUGCUACAUUUCCAGUUUCUGCCAUUCUAACAGCGUAUUUUUAAUCUCAUAGUUUGCUAAAACCAUUUUAAAAACACAUAUUUGCACAAGGAUGCAUAAAAGAAAAUGCAUUUUAGCAAAAAUAGAAAUGUUUUUAAUCACCCCUUUACCAGUCAGCACUAUUUUAGCACAGUAGUUUUUACCCUCCCCCCAAUAUUUUAGUUGGUGCUAAAUAUUUUUAACCUACUUCAUGAAAAAGUUAUUAAAGUUAUCAUGCAAUAUAAAAGCACUUUAGCAUAAACUGAACAAUUCCCUAAAAACAAGAGUAUAAAUAAAAGGGUUUUUUUAAUGAGAAAAUUAUAUGCUCUUACUUGUGCCUUCCUUACCUACGUGACUAUGUCACAUUUACUUGUUUGGAUGUUACACUGCAUCAUGUAUGCACAACGAAAGUGCCAUUCUUCCCUGCCCCAGGGAAAUUGAAAUGUUACAACUGUGUGGAGCAUUCACGGGGAAAGUGUAUGGACCACCUUCCAUUAAUUUGAACAAUGGUCAUUGAAAACUCACCUCAAACAGCUGGUGUUUUUCUCAGAAUCUCACAUAUUUUUAAAUACACAUUUGAAUUGCAUUGUUUUGUAUGUUUAACAGUAUUUGUUCUUAUGUCAAAAGGACAAAUGAGGUUUUAGUUGUGCUGUUCAAUAACCAAUGCAGUGUUGGAAAAACUACAAAUAAAUCUGAAAUCAGCCUGA